GCGAUUGUUACUACAAGCAUGGCCAAGGGAAUCUCAACGCCUGCACCAGAUUCCCCUCGGUCGUCAGAGUCGCCUGUGCCUGUCGGGCUACAGGGCGAACUGGAGCAAGAACUCCUCGGGCUCGCGAACGCAUUGUAUAACCUCGGCACAACUGUGGUUAGCGAUCUGACAAAAGAGAAGGACAAACCUGGCGGCGGCGGCAAGCAAGUUGGUAUGCGAGUGAACGAUGUCAUAAACCACCUGGCCGCCAUCGACAACAUGUCCCAGAAUGUUUCCACCAUGAUUCCAGUGCAGGUGCUCGCUGAGAUUGACAAUUCGCGAAACCCGAUGCAGUUGACACGGGACAGGCUAGAGCGAGCGGCGACAGAGAACCAGUUCAUGAAUGGCAAGAUACAAGCAAUCAAAUCCUACAGGGAGUACUAUAACGAGGCUCUAAUGCAGAGCUUCCCUGACCUGAAGGAAUACCUCAGUGAAUCCUCCGGCACCAACGUCCAAGUACCGCCCAUACCCGGAUCCUCUGCACAUCUGAAUGGCAAUGCAAACGGGAACGGCAUGCACGGCUGAAAUGGAUUUAAGCCCCCACAUUCUCCGACUGGUGCAGUGGGCAUAUCUGAGCUUUCAAGUGGGCGAAUGUUAUGGCGCCGUUCUGCCCUCCCUUCACAACCGGCAACUUCGUCCCGUGUCGCUCUCAUCGAACGUACGACUCGCCGCAUUUCCGCCUGGACCGGACUUCCCAUAUCGACGGAGACGCUCUGAUCACGUUCGAUGUGCGGACAAUGUCUCAGGAUCGACAGCUUGGAGAGAGUCUCUGAUGUACGAGACGUCGUCCUGUCUAGAAAGCCAAACGGUGGCAUGCGCUGGCGAUGCCAUUGCUACGGGCCUUCGGACGUUGUUGAAUGCUACUCACGGCUCCGAUUGUCCUGGGGAGUCAUGUUCUCUUGCCCUCUCACGUCCCCCC